UGCCAUUUUCACAUGUAGGAUAGAUACUGCCACCUCGUUUCAUUUUUGGAUGUGUAGGUGCAAGAAUUCAAAGUACAAAUUUUGGAAUCUCUCCACGGUUUGGAACUUGAAGAACAAGUGAGUCGUUUGUGCGUGCGUUGCCACAUUUGGUGAGAAUCUGAUGGAAAAAAUGGUUGUAUGCGUUUGAGGUGUUUUUAUUUUAUUUUUUUUCCCAAAUCAUUAAAAAUGUUGCCUUAAGAAUGGUGAGAGCUGUCGUUACAUCAUUCCAGUGGAAAUACAAGCAAAAAUGUGGCUUUCAACUUUUUGUCCAAGAUGUUUUGACAGGCCAUCGAUGCUCUGACUGCUCUUCUCGCUGCCGACACGCUUACAGGUGAGCUCAGCAAAGACUUGCCGGUCAGUCUCUCGCUGCGUUGCAGACACGUCGGAGGGCAAACCGGACGCCUCGAGACUUCACCGAGGAGAGAACUUUUGACCACGUCAUGCUCGGUCGGGUGAGAACCCCUUUCCAAAUAAUUCUGUCAAAUCGUAUGAGCUGUGUUUCAUAAAUAGAAUAAUAAUAUCGCUAGAGGGCGCCAAAACAAAUCACAAAAUUGUAUUCAGGUCACCAUCACAUUACAGACAUAAAUCUUCGGAUUUCCAAAUAGGAGAAAGACUUUUCAUGAAGUGACUUGAUGAUGAUUGAGAUUGGUGUUCAGCAACUUUCUGUGAUGUACUUGUUCCACACGUGUGCUUCUCUAUAAGAGUCCCCUUUUCAAGGGGUUUUCCCCGCGUGUGAGACUUUUCAAAAUGUUCACUCUUGAAUUUCAGUGUGACGUGACACUGUCAACCGCUCCGUGUUGCCUUCGAUUAUUAUUUGAUUUGAUCAACGCAGUGUCUACUUGUUUAACUGUUUGGGUACGCCGCUUUUUUGUGCGUAUCUCGGGAAAACACUCAGUGCAUCAAAAAAUCUUUGCGAUGAUGGGACGGACAUGUUUGUGUGUAGGAGGGCUGCGCUCUCUGCCAAGCAAAGCUGUUUUGCUCCUGAUUUUCUUUUGGUCACACGAAUGUCGUGUUAACAAGUAGCAAUGACCCAUUGUUGAAGGUAUUACAAAAAAAACAAAUCGUGUCAACGUAGACAUAAAAUGGUGGGGAAAAGUGACUUGAAAUGGAAAGUACCACCAAACAAUAUCCAAGAGCGGUGGUAGGAUGCUGGUUGGGUCCCCUUGAGGCCUUAACUCGAAACCAGUCGCUGCUGCGGGCUUUUGGCCGUUCCGUUUCUUCCAGAAGCAAAAAAAAAAAGAGGAAGGGGCAUCUCGGAGCUGGCGCGCGAUUCUGAUGAUUUUCACAGCACACAGAGCGGAGGAGGAACUUUGUGUGUUGCUUUUCUGUACUUUUCACCAUUUCACCAACUCUCCCCCCCCCCCCCCCCCCCCUUACCAGAAACCACAUCAGAGCCGGUGAGAGAGCAAGCGAGCGAGAGCGUGUGAAAGGAGGAGGAGUGACAGAAACCAGGCAAGAAAAGAAAGGCUCUCAUUAAGUGGCAAAGCAAAUUGCGUUGGGCACGGCAGCAAACUCUGUCUCCCUCUCGAGCACGGAAGGCGAAGUGGAGCCAGAGAGGGGCCUUGUGAGGCUGCCACUGCCAUGGCUCAGGGCUCGGACAGCAACGACGCAAGCUACAGGUCGCCGUCACCUGGAGGCAGGCAGAGUUCGUCGGACGACGUGAAGAAGGUGAUGCGGCGGGAGAAGAACCGCAUCGCGGCGCAGAAGAGCCGAAUGAGGCAGACGCAGAAGGCCGACAGCCUCCACCUGGAGAGCGAGAGUCUGGAGAAAGAGAACGCGGCGCUGAGGAAGGAAGUGAAGCAGCUGACGGAGGAGGCCAAGUACCUGUCGUCGGUGCUGAGCAGUCACGAGCCGCAGUGCGCGGGCCUCAGCCCGACGCCGCCGGGCCUUCCGUACCCGCCUCGCCACCAGCAUCACGCCACCUACCACCAGCACGUCACCGUGCCGCACUACCAGCACUGACGUGGAUCCGAUCACGUCUCCAGAACUCUUGAUUCGGUGGCAAAGUUAGCACAUGUACCGAAUUUUGUGUACUCCGAUUGUACGCCGCCUCUGACGACCCACCAAACACUUUUUGUUUACACUGUGGAUUCAUUUGUAAAUUGCUUUUUUUUUUGUCUAGGAGGUGUCAUGAAACCUGUUACAUUGGUUUAGUUUUCCCUGCUGUGUUGACGUAGACCUCAAAAGCUCAGGAGAUUUUUUUUUUCGACUAAUUUGAUUGUUGGACAAAGCGAAUGUAAAGUCGAGCCAAAGUUUGACAAGCUGAGAUAUUUAUUCAAUGUUGAAAUGCA